CAGCUGGUUCACUUCAUCCACUCACUGCUGCUGCUGUUGCUACGUGUGGGAAGGAAACACGGAGGUCCUGACUCCUCAGUAUUUGAAAGUCCUCUUCGGCCGAGAACUGGACAACAGACAAUACGCAAUUCCAACACAAAACCGCGCCAGAAGUAGCCGUCCCGGAACUCUAACACAGUUAAGACAGUUUUGGAGUCAUUGAAGUCGACAGAAAGAGCAACUGACCCUACAUGGCAGCCAUCAGGAAGAAGUUGGUCAUCGUUGGAGAUGGCGCAUGCGGGAAGACCUGUCUGCUCAUCGUCUUCAGUAAGGACCAGUUCCCAGAGGUCUACGUCCCCACUGUGUUUGAGAACUACAUCGCUGACAUUGAAGUGGAUGGCAAACAGGUGGAACUCGCACUGUGGGACACGGCAGGUCAGGAGGACUACGACAGAUUGAGACCUCUCUCCUACCCCGACACCGAUGUAAUCCUCAUGUGUUUCUCUAUAGACAGCCCCGACAGUCUUGAGAACAUUCCGGAGAAAUGGACACCUGAAGUGAAGCACUUUUGUCCCAAUGUCCCCAUCAUCCUGGUGGGCAACAAGAAGGACCUCAGGAAUGACGAGAACACGCGCAGAGAGCUGGCGAAGAUGAAACAGGAGCCGGUCAAGUCUGACGAAGGCAGGGACAUGGCCAACCGCAUCAGUGCCUUCGGCUACCUGGAGUGCUCGGCCAAGACGAAGGACGGCGUCCGGGAGGUGUUCGAGAUGGCCACCCGUGCCGCUCUGCAGGUCCGCAAGCGUAAAAAGAGGAGCGGCUGCCAACUCCUGUGAAGGGACAGGUCGCAUGCCAAAUGGCCAGCACCUGAGGAUGGGCUCCCGGAGAUGGCGAAAAAAAAAAAAAAAAAAAAAACCUGGAGAAACCUUACAUCAGUGGUUUCCGUGGACCACGCAGUUAUGCCACUGGUGAAAAUGAGACUGACUCGUCUGUAACAGCAAAACAGAUCAGCCUUUGUAGGACUUUUCCUCUGCGUCUCACACUUUUUCUUUUUGUUUUGUCCCACUUCUGUUCAUGCCAAGGACCUACAUCUCCUCCUGUUUGUAUUUGUGCAUUUGCUUUAAAAAUAUAUUACAGUUGCCUCUGCAACGAGUGCUGAUACUUUGCUUUGUUUCUAAUUAGUGUUAAACUCCUCCUUUCACAAUUCACAUGCAACUACAGCAAUCCCCCCUCCAUCGUUGGGGUUUCAUUUCAGACCACCCCUGUAAUAAGUGAAAUACACCUAGGCAUUUUUUUUUUUUUUUAGCAUUUAUGGCACUUGAUUUUUAAGGGUUUUAUACACAACACAAUAUCGAGAGCAAGGGAUAAAAACCUGCAAUAUAGCAAGUGAUUACUGUAAUAAUGUUUACCACAAAGUCCUUCUGCAUUUGUUCAGCAUCCCGAACUGUGGCAUGUGGCACAUAAUUAGCCGGACAAAAUCAUCACUGUGUACCAUUUACUUAAUGCACCACCAAGACUCAAAAUAACACCGUUAACCGUCGACUCGUGAGUAUGGUUUUGCAGCAAUUCCUCGCUAAAUUUAUGACAAGCCUCAGCAUAAGUAAUACCUUUAUUUGACACAGAAACAUUCCAAUAACAUCUUGUACCACAAUAUUGAAUAGUAUAAAAUGUGCCUGUCUAAAAAAACCCCUCAAGCAACUGAUUUUUUCAUAAACACUUCACAUGGCUUAUUUCAUUAGUAAUAAAGAUUCUUUUUAAAGUAG